AUGUCCGAGCGAAUAGACCCCCUGACCUUGGUACGGAUACCUCGGUGUUUAACCGAGCAAGAAUGUGCCCUGACCACUUCGAGUGUACUCGAAGUUUUCUUGAGGCCAGAGCGUACUCUUUCUCCGCCGGGCGUGCUCGGCGAUCCCAAUUCGAGACUGUCAGCAGGAGCCGACGCUGCACCGAUCCGAGACCUCCGAAUCAACGUGGCGAGGAUGGACGAGGCGCCGAAACAAACGCUGACACCGAGGCCGACGCCGACACCGAGGCCGACACCGACGCCGAGGACAACGCCGACGCCGACACCGAGGACGACGUCGACGCCGAGUCCGACGCCCGACUCGGACAUAUCAGUACAACCAGCAAGCCAGGCACCGACGGACGAGCCGAGGGAGGAUGACUCACCGGUUCCGCCGACUUAG